AUGCCAUUCUCAAUAUCACCAUUUACUAGUCACAAAUUGAAGCCACCUCCGCAAGAUGAUGAUGGUAAAUGCGAACUCAUAGGUACAUUUUCACUCCUAACACAAGCACUCCUUGGAUUCAUUUGUCUUUCAAGUCUUAUAGUCAAGAGGUUUUACGAAUACCCUAUACGACGAACAUGGCCUGUUUGGAGCUUUGACGUAAGUAAACAACUUAUCGGGGCAUUAGGUGUACACGUUUUUAAUGUCAUUUUAUCAGUGAUUAAAACAGCCCCAGGAUUGAUGGUGUUGAUGCUAAAGUAUAAUAACGAGAAUGGUGAUGGAGGAGACGAAAUUGAUGAUCCAGAUAAAGAUGACCCAUGUGAUUGGUACUUUUUGAAUAUUGUAUUUGAUUGUACCAUUGGAGUGUAUAUCCUAUACUUGGUUUUCAAAGGAGUCAACUACAUUUGCAAACGAAUGCUUCAUAUAACUCAAAUCGAAAGUGGUGAAUAUGGUGAUGUUAACAACCCAAGUUGGAGAGCAUUUAGUAAACAAUUGGCAAUUUAUUUCACAAGUUUAAUGAUUACUAAAUUCAUCUUGUAUGGCCUAGUGGAAAUUUUCGAACGUGAAUUGCUUUGGAUUACUUCACAUAUUUUGCUACGUUGGUUGGAUGAAUAUCCAGAUGAAGUUGAAAUAUUCAUUGUCAUGUUUACAAUCCCCAUUAUUAUGAAUUGUUUACAAUUGAUACUUAUUGAUAAUUUUAUUCGAAAUCAAGUUUGGUUUGAAAGUAAUAAAUUGAUUAGGUUCAAAUACCCCAAUUUUGAUGAAGAAACUGCUAGUACUCGACAACGAGAGAUUGAUGAGAUUUUGAAUACUGAACGGGAGGAGCUCGACGGGGGUAAUGAUCAUCACAGAAGGAGCGGGAAUCAUAAGCACUACGGAUCGACUUCAGUAAAUGAAUAA